CCCGUCAUCAUCAGAGGGAGUAGGGUGGCAGCCGAAAUUAAUAAACAAAAUAGAUUAGACUUGGCGAUCUAUCCACGCCGCGGGACAAGUAGUUUGAUCGAUCGAUCGAUCGCUCGAGCGCCGGAUUUCCCGUCUCCACGCUCGCUCGUGGAUUCGUGAGGAAGGACGAGAAGGCCGCGGCAAUGGCGGGGAGGGCCAACAUCCCGACCAACAGCUCUGCGCUAAUCGCCAUCAUCGCCGAUGAGGACACGGUGACUGGCUUUUUGUUGGCUGGAGUUGGCAAUGUAGAUCUCAGGAAGAAAACAAAUUAUCUUAUUGUUGAUAACAAAACAACAGUCAAACAAAUUGAAGAUGCAUUUAAGGAGUUCACCGCAAGAGAGGACAUUGCAAUUGUGCUCAUCAGCCAAUAUGUUGCAAACAUGAUAAGGUUCUUGGUAGAUGGCUACAACAAGCCUGUUCCUGCUAUACUGGAGAUCCCAUCAAAGGAUCAUCCAUAUGAUCCAGCACACGACUCAGUUCUUUCUCGCGUGAAGUAUCUAUUUUCUGCCGAAUCAGUGGCGUCAGAUCGCCGAUAAAAAUCAAAUGUCUUCAUGUAUCUUGUUCAUUUUUUGUUUGGACCAUUCUAUACCACCUACCGCCAUUGUGAAAAUAAAGAUGUAUUUGGCAUAACCUUUUUUGGUAUUUGGAUGAAAUUCCGUCACCGAUGAUUUUUUAUUUGCCACAAGUUGUACCUGAUGAAUGUAUUCGUUCCAUCACUGUGACUGCACUUGACUGCAGAUAUCAUAUUGUAAUCUUGACUGUGAAUAACAUGCCAAUCUCACGUUGCUUGUUUAGUGAA